UAUAGAUAUAUAUAGAGCAAGAGAGCAAGCAAGAGCCGAAAACUAAAGAGCAAGCAAGAGCCGGCUAUGGAGAUCAAGGAGGACAUUGUUAUAGUGGGUGCCGGAAUAGCGGGUCUCACUACAUCUUUAGGACUUUGGAGGUUGGGACUUCGAUGCUUGGUUUUGGAGUCAUCGGAUAGUCUAAGAACAACUGGAUUUGCUCUUACUCUAUGGACCAAUGCUUGGAGGGCUUUGGAUGCUGUAGGAAUUGCUGAUUCUCUUAGACCACACUCUCUGCAAAUACGCGGGUUUCGUGUUGCUUCUACUGAAUCAGGGCUUCCAACUUCGGAGCUAUUGCUUGAGACAAACGGGAAACAUGGAGAUUAUGAAAGUCGUUGUGUGAGAAGGAAAGACCUGCUAGAAGUCUUGGAAAAGGAACUGCCCCAAGGCACCAUCAGGUAUUCUUCCAAGGUGGUUUCUAUUGAAGAGUCAGGACACUUCAAACUGGUCCACCUUGCAGAUGGCUCCAUCAUUAGAACUAAGGUGUUAAUCGGGUGUGAUGGAGUUAAUUCACUGGUGGCAAAAUGGUUGGGUCUUCAUAAACCAGUUAAUGUCAGGAGGUCAGCAAUAAGGGGACUUGUGGAUUUCCCAGAUGGCCAUGGAUUCGAGCCUAUGUUCUAUGUGUUUUUUGGAGGUGGUGUCCGCUAUGGUUUUCUUCCAGUCAGCGAGAAGAGCUUGUAUUGGUUUUGCACUUUUAGUUCGUCUGUUGUCCAAUAUGGUGAAGGUAUGGAAGAAAGUCCAUUGAAGAUGAAGCAAUUUGUAUUGAGCAGGAUUGGCAAUGUACCCAAAGAAGCGUUUGGUGUCGUGGAAAGAACUGAGCUGGAGUAUAUCUCCUGUGCUCCAUUGAAGAUGAGACCUCCAUGGAAUGUCUUAUUGGGUAAUAUCGCUAAACACAAUGUUUGUGUAGCUGGUGACGCGCUCCACCCCAUGACCCCGGACCUUGGUCAAGGGGGCUGCUCUGCAUUGGAGGACAGUGUCAUUUUAGCUAGGUGUCUUGCAGAAACUUUCUCCACAAAGCCAAGAGGAGAAAUCAGAGAUGAAGAAAAUGAAGAAGAAGAAUAUGAAAGGAUCAACAAGGGUUUGAUGAAGUACAUGAAAGAGAGGAGAUGGAGAAGUUUUAGUCUUAUUAGUACUGCAUACGUGGUGGGUUUCAUUCAAGAGAGUGCUGGAAUGGUGAUGAAGUUCUUGAGGGAGAAAUUGUUUUCUAAAUACACGGCUGGGACUAUGCUGAGGAUGGCUGACUUUGACUGUGGAAAACUCAACUUUGCUUGAAGCAAUUGAGAUUCGGUUGCAAUAGUUGUACGUCUUGGGAUGUGAAAUAUUUAUGUUGCCAUCUUUAUGGAAGAUAUGUUGUGUAAAAGUUAACAUAGAUCCGAGUUGUAUGAGUUUUAUUAUGUUAUC